UAGCCCUUCAACCCUUACAAAACCCUCGUGAUCACUUCCCGGACAAACACCCUUGUGAGUUUCCUCUUCUUAGGUGUCGGCAUGGCUGCGGCCUUCGCUCGAUCAGUCCAGUUCUCCGGCUAUUCGCGUCCCUCCCUCUUCCUCGCCAAGAGCCUUCUAUUCUCUUCCUCCUCUUCUUCAUCUAUAGCUCGGGCUCCUCCGCUCGCUGGCUUCGUCAGAGCAAGACGAUCUUCAGUCUUGCUUUCGCACUCUGUUCGGGUAAUGGCACCUGGUGCAAGCCGUUUGAACCUUAUUCGAUGCAGGGUGCAUCGAUCUGGUGGAGAUUCUGCGUACUCUCCGCUUAACUCAGGGUCGAACUUCAGUGACCGGCCACCGACGGAAAUGGCCCCUCUGUUUCCUGGCUGUGAUUAUGAGCAUUGGCUCAUUGUCAUGGAUAAACCUGGUGGUGAGGGUGCCACUAAGCAGCAGAUGAUCGAUUGCUAUAUUCAGACUUUGGCCAAGGUUGUUGGAAGUGAAGAGGAAGCGAAGAAGAAGAUUUACAAUGUUUCAUGCGAGAGAUACUUCGGUUUUGGCUGUGAAAUUGACGAGGAAACCUCAAAUAAGCUCGAAGGUAUUCCUGGUGUCCUCUUUGUGCUUCCGGAUUCUUACGUGGAUGCAGAGAACAAGGACUAUGGAGCUGAACUGUUCGUGAAUGGGGAGAUAGUGCAGAGAUCCCCAGAGAGACAAAGGAGAGUGGAACCUGUGCCCCAGAGAGCUCAGGACAGACCCAGAUAUAAUGAUAGAACAAGAUACGUGAGGCGCAGAGAGAACCAACGGUGAAUGUAAAUAAAGAAUACCAUCUCUUGUCCUCAACAUAUAUGUAGUUUUUUCUGAAACCCUACAAAUCAAUGUAUGUUGUGUUAUCUC